UAUAUUUUCUUUCUUUUGUUUUUCAAGACUUGAAACGUUGGGUGCAAGCGUGAAUGUUCUUAAACAAUUGAGCUACGAGUCCAAUGGCGGUUGAAGCUAAUUGCUUGAGGCUUCUUUUGGUUAUGGUACUGCUAGUUCAAGUGUUUCUACGUGGGGAGUCCAAGUACAUGGUUUACAAUACGACGUCGCGCCUUGUUCCCGGGAAGCUCAACGUUCAUUUAGUACCUCACACCCACGACGACGUCGGAUGGAAGAAGACCGUUGAUCAGUACUAUACUGGCUCCAACAAUUCCCUUCAGGUAGCUUGUGUUCGGAUGGUGCUGGAUUCGUUGGUUCCCGCUUUGUUGGCCGAUAAGAACCGCAAAUUCAUAUAUGUUGAACAGAUUUUUUUCCAACGUUGGUGGAGAGACCAAACGGAGGCGACCCAAAACACGGUCAAGCAACUAGUCAGCUCCGGUCAACUGGAACUCAUGUUCAAAAUCUGCAAUGCCUUGCAGUCCAAGUUUCAAUUUUUAUCGUUUUAUUUAAAAUGUCUUUCUGUUGUUUACGAUCUGGGUUUGUUUUGCAGAAAUGGGGGGAUGUGCAUGCAUGAUGAGGCUGCUUCUCAUUACAUCGAUAUGAUUGAUCAGACGACUCUCGGGCAUCGGUUUAUCAAGCAAGAGUUCAAUGUGACUCCCAGAAUUGGCUGGCAGAUCGAUCCAUUCGGACAUUCUGCAGUGCAGGCCUACCUGUUGGGAGCUGAGGUUGGAUUUGACUCCCUUUUCUUUGCGCGAAUUGACUACCAAGACAGAGCUAAACGGAAGCAUGAGAAAAGCCUCGAGGUUGUCUGGCGAGGUUCUAAGAGUCUCGGAUCAUCUGCACAGGUGCAUAUUUUUGCCGGUGCAUUCCCUGAGAAUUAUGGACCUCCGACAAAUGAAUUUUACUUUGAAGUUGAUGACUUAUCCCCUAUUGUUCAGGAUGAUACUGAUCUGUCUGACUACAAUGUGCUCGAGCGUGUAAAUGAUUUCGUAUCUGCUGCAAUCUCACAAGCAAACAUUACUCGUACGAAUCACAUCAUGUGGACAAUGGGAUCAGAUUUCAAGUAUCAGUACGCGCAUUCAUGGUUUCUGCAGAUGGAUAAGUUCAUUCAUUACGUGAAUCAAGAUGGGCGUGUGAAUGCGCUAUACUCAACUCCGUCAAUAUACACUGAUGCCAAACAUGCAACAAAUGAACCCUGGCCAAUCAAGACUGGAGACUUCUUUCCAUACGCUGAGAAAGAAAAUAUUUACUGGACCGGAUAUUUUACAAGCAGGCCAGCCCUCAAGGGCUAUGUUAGAAUGAUGAGCGGCUACUAUUUGGCAGCGAGGCAACUCGAAUUUUUUAAGGGAAUGAGUAAAUCAGGGUCUAAGACAGAUUCUCUGGCUGACGCCUUAGCAAUCGCUCAACAUCACGAUGCAGUUAGUGGCACGGAGAGGCAGCAUGUGGCGGAUGAUUAUGCAAAACGACUUUCAAUAGGCUACAAUGAGGCUGAGAAGGUUGUUGCAGAAUCGCUUGCUUGCAUGACAGAAUCCAAAUCAAGAGCUGGUUGCGAGAAUCUGUUAACGAAGUUUCAACAGUGUCCACUUCUGAACAUUAGCUAUUGCCCCCCGUCAGAGGCGGAUCUGUCAACUGGGAAAUCCCUGGUUAUUGUUGUCUAUAAUUCUCUGGGAUGGAAAAGAAAGGAUGUCGUAAAGAUUCCUGUUAUCAAUACGAACAUCGCUGUGAGAGAUUCUACAGGAAAAGAAGUUGAGUCACAGCUCAUACCUCUGCUUAAUGCGUCCGCGACCAUAAGAAAUUACCAUGUCAAGGCAUAUCUUGGUAAAUCCCUGGGAGAUACUCCAAGUUAUUGGCUUGCAUUUUCUGCAACUGUACCCCCUCUUGGUUUUAGCACUUACGUCAUCUCAAGUGCCACACGAAAAGCUACUACUUCAGAGGGACCGACAGUGUACAGGUCAGAAGCAGGUCAAAAUGAUACAAUAGAAGUUGGGCGAGGCAACUUGAGACUUAUUUAUUCUGGAAAUGAUGGACAACUUACUAAAUAUAUGAACAGCAGAAGCUUGGUCAAAAAGCGGAUAAAACAGUCAUUUAGCUACUACGCUGGAGAUAAUGGAUUUGUCGAUUUACAGGCCGAGGGAGAGCAGAGGGCCGAGGGAGCGUAUGUCUUCCGCCCUAAUGGUUCAUAUCCCAUUAAAUCCGGAGGGAAGGUUGAUCAUUUUACUGUUCUGAGAGGACCAUUGCUCGAUGAAGUACAUCAGAGGAUAAACUCUUGGAUUUACCAGGUCACUAGAGUGUACAAGGAAAAAGAGCAUGCUGAGAUUGAAUUUAUUAUUGGCCCUAUACCAAUCGAUGACGGUGUUGGCAAAGAUAUCGUAAGCAAGAUUACAACCGGCAUGAAAACAAACAAACGAUUCUACACAGACUCCAACGGGCGCGAUUUUAUCGAAAGAAUUCGAGACUAUAGAAAAGACUGGGAUCUUGAAGUGAAUCAACCUGUUGCAGGAAAUUAUUAUCCAAUUAAUCUCGGAAUCUACACGAAAGAUAACAACACAGAGCUGUCAGUAUUAGUAGAUAGAUCUGUGGGUGGAUCCAGCAUUGUGGAUGGACAAUUGGAACUCAUGCUCCAUAGGAGGUUGCUCUGGGACGACGACAAAGGUGUAGCCGAAGCCCUAAACGAAACUGUGUGCAUUCAAGAUGAUUGUGAAGGACUCAUUAUCAUCGGAAAGUACUACCUCAGGCUCGAUCCAUUGGGAGAGGGCGCUAAAUGGCGUCGAUCAUUUGGUCAGGAGAUAUACUCUCCAUUUCUUUUAGCCUUCACAGAACAAGAUGAAGAUAGCUGGACAAGCUCUCAUGUCACAACCUUUUCCGGAAUGGAUCCUUCCUACACUUUACCUGAUAAUGUCGCGAUAAUAACCCUCCAGGAGCUGGAAGAUGGAAAACUUCUGUUCCGCCUUGCACAUUUAUACGAGAUUGAUGAGGACAAGGAUCUUUCGGUAAUGGCAAGUGUAGAGCUCAAAAAAGUGUUUGCAGAUAAGAAGAUUAGAAAAGUAACGGAAAUGAGUUUAUCUGCAAACCAAGAACGAGCGGAAAUGGAGAAGAAGCGACUAGUGUGGAAAGCAGAAGGCUCCCCCGAAGGAGAAGCUAAAGUGUUGAGGGGAGGACCUGUUGAUCCAACAAAGCUGGUGGUUGAUCUUGCUCCAAUGGAAAUUCGAACGCUUAUCAUCGACAUGUAGUCCAGAUGUUCGACCGCUGGAAAGUAAGAAUGUGCGAUGUUGAGGAGUUCGUUUGUCAAGGGCGCUCGAGUACUUCGAUUUAGAAGAGACUGAAUUGACAUGUCUCGUCGGACAUGGAGAAGAUGAGGAACCAAAUGAAUAAGUCAUAUGGGAGAAUCGGCUCGUAUAUAGACUUGUACGAGCCCAUCCUCCGCAUUUGCAGAUUACUUAUUUAUUUUUAGGUUUUUGUUCUAAUUUUUUUUUUUUCACAACACUGAAUUAUCGUCUUUAUAUUCUUCAAAAUGUAGUCUUUGGUGCAAACCUCUUAUCAUUGAGCUUUAAACGCUCUAAAAACAACGAUGUAAAACUUAAAGCUAAAGAAUUUUCAACUUAAAAUAUGAAAUUUGACUAUUACUAGAAAAAAGUUACUUAUUUAUAAAAGCAGUUUAGAAUUGGAAAAUUUUGACUUUUACUUAAAGAAUGAUUUAGAUGAAACAUGUUUACUGUUAUCGUAGCGUUUUUGUCCAAUACAAUGCAUUACUAAAUCGAGACGCCAUGUGGUGAUAAAUCGUAACCACGGACAAUUUGGCACAUAAGCAUAAAUUGCUCAUUCAAAACACAAAAUUAGAAAUAUUUGCACACGUGUCAAAUUCAUUGACAAAAAUAUUUGCCAAGUUACGUGCAUUUACCUAAUACAUUCACCAUCUAAAAUUCUUCCAUACUACAUAAAUGUAUAGCAUUAAAUACUACAAAUAUUGGAUGAUUUGGAUUGAUUUAAAUUAUUGUUCAUAUUGUGGUGCCGUGAAUUCAGAUCGUAUUGGGGUGGAAAUAGACUUUUUGUCCAUUCACGUGAAGGGCACAUGCUGUAACAGCGCCAAAGGCAAGAGACCAACCACAAAAGUAGAACGUGCCAGAAAGAGAGAUACCUAGAGCACUGCGACUGCGACGCCGCCGCCGCCGGAGCAAUCCAUCGAAUUACAUUACCCGAGACAUCACCUUAUCCCAGGUAG